UAUCCUCUCUCUCUCUCUCUCUGCCCCUCCAGACAUGGAUCUCUCAUUCGCUCCCUCCUCUUCUCUGCGGUUCCCAUCUAUAAGCCCUCACUGCAGCACCUCCUCCUAUAUUCCUCCAAUUUCUGCUAAUCCCACCACUGCAAAACCAGCUGCUUUUCUCUCAAGCUGCAGGACAAACUUGUACUCACUUGGGCUGUCCAGAAGCUGCUCCAAAUCUUUGCUCAGCUGCCGGAAGAAGCGAAAUUCCAUCUGGGCCUGCAGUCAAGUUGGAGCUGCUGAAUCUGAUCCAGUAUUGACCACAGUCUCAGAUUUUAAAGAUGCUUGUUGGCGAUUCCUCAGGCCCCAUACCAUACGUGGGACAGUUCUUGGGUCUACUGCUUUGGUGACAAGAGCUUUGAUUGAGAACUCCAAUUUGAUAAAGUGGUCUCUGCUGUUUAAGGCAUUCUCUGGUCUUUUUGCGCUACUAUGUGGGAAUGGUUAUAUAGUUGGCAUCAAUCAGAUUUACGAUAUCAAAAUUGACAAGGUAAACAAACCUUAUUUACCUAUCGCUGCAGGGGAUCUUUCAGUUAAAUCAGCAUGGCUCUUGGUGGUAUUUUUUGCGGUGACUGGCUUGUUGAUUGUUGGACUGAACUUCGGGCCAUUCAUUACUUCUCUCUACUGUCUUGGUCUUUUCCUUGGCACCAUUUAUUCUGUUCCUCCGCUUAGAAUGAAGAGAUUUCCUGUUGCAGCUUUUCUUAUAAUUGCCACGGUAAGGGGCUUCCUUCUAAAUUUUGGUGUAUAUUAUGCCACUAGAGCUGCCCUUGGGCUUCAAUUUGAGUGGAGCUCGGCCGUUGCUUUUAUCACCACCUUUGUAACAUUGUUUGCUUUGGUUAUUGCGAUAACAAAAGACCUUCCGGAUGUAGAGGGGGACCGCAAGUUUGAAAUAUCAACAUUUGCAACAAAACUCGGAGUUAGAAACAUUGCGUUUCUUGGUUCUGGGCUUCUGCUACUAAAUUAUGUUGGUUCCAUAUUCGCAGCAAGUUUAAUGCCGGAGGCAUUCAGACGUAGCUUAAUGAUACCCAUGCAUGCAAUCUUGGCACUGAGUUUAGUUUUCCAGACUUGGGUGCUCGAGCAAGCAAAUUACACCAAGGAAGCAAUUGCCAGCUACUACAGAUUUAUAUGGAAUCUCUUCUAUGCCGAGUAUCUUCUUUUCCCCUUCAUCUAGCAACUCGGGUCAGUAUUUUCUGAAUUGUAUUCUUGUCAAAUUGUAAAUAUUGGCACAAGAAACUAGUCUAUGUUAUAUAAAUCCGUCUGCGAUAAAUUUUUCUUGUAUCAAAUUGUAAACGUAAGAUUUUAAGUUCGAAUCAUGUGAACUGUGAGUUCGAUAUCUAAUUUAUUAUGGUUGGCA